GCGCACAGCCGCUAGUUGGCGAACGGCAGCGACCGAACGCAGAGGAGCUUUUUGUUGUCCGGGGUUACUUCACCUGGCACGCGCACUCAUUCAGCCUCAACCAGGGGGGGUAAAGAAAAUACGGAUAAUUCAAUUUAAGGGCGUACAAACUACCGGAGAAAGCGACAGUUACCGAAGGACAACCGUUAAACGUCUGUCAUUCGCCCGGCUAUCUUUUGUCGCCAACUCCGCGCAUACGUAGUUUUACCCCCGCUAGCUUCGAGAAGAAAGGCCGUCGAGUGGACCCGGCAUCCAUUAAUUAACGGAGAGCGGAAUCACCCUGGCACAUUACGGUUGCCCCUCUCUGCGUGGAUCGGACAACCUUCGGAAUCAAAGAGGAACGAGCGUCGAACGAGAGGAUGGCUUUGAAACGGAUCCACAAGGAGCUUAACGACCUGGCCCGUGACCCCCCAGCACAGUGCUCGGCUGGCCCAGUGGGCGAUGACAUGUUUCACUGGCAAGCCACAAUCAUGGGACCUAGUGACAGUCCAUAUCAGGGAGGAGUUUUCUUCUUGACGAUUCAUUUUCCAACAGACUACCCCUUCAAACCCCCCAAGGUUGCAUUUACAACAAGAAUUUACCACCCAAAUAUUAACAGUAACGGCAGUAUCUGUCUGGAUAUUCUCAGAUCACAGUGGUCUCCUGCGCUCACUAUUUCUAAAGUUCUUCUCUCCAUUUGCUCACUCCUAUGUGACCCAAACCCCGAUGACCCACUAGUGCCAGAAAUUGCACAAGUCUACAAAACAGAUAGUACGAGGUACAAUAAACUAGCUCAGGAGUGGACAACGAAGUAUGCCUUGCUUUAAGGGUAAGAGCCAGUGCUGCAUCUUGGCUGGUGUUCUGCAUCUUGCUAAUGCGGGCCGGAGAACUGAGGAUCCAGGUAGUCCUGCAACUGCUACGUUUUCUGUUGCGUGAAAAUAUAAUGCAGACAAAGAGAUUUUUGGUCGCAUCUCAUUUUUAAAACAAAGCUUAUCUAUUUGUAUGAAAGGUGUCGUAUCGGAGGAAAGGGUCAUUUCUGGCAGGUGUUUCAUUUUCAAGCCUUUUUCGGUCGAUACUGAUCGUUAUCAUCAUCAUCAUGGAUCCCUAUAGUACAUCACACCAUAGUACAAAAUAUUCAAAUGCUGACUAUUUUCAGAUUUUUUUUAAGAGACUUUAUUUUUCAGUUAUUGUAAGCUAUUCUCAGCAGGGAGCGGAUCUGAAAUAGGGUUCAUGGUGCUGCUUUCACGCACACGCCAACGGUUGGCUGCCAAACAGAACUGCAUUCAUGGGCUAUAAUGUCUGAAACUGAAUCCUAGGACCGUUUGAGUUUGUUUUCUUUUGUAUGAAAAUGUUUCCGUUUGAGCAAAUUAUGAACCCUGCUUUUUUUUUUUUUUUUUUUCCUUAUCAGUCCACUGGUCAUGAAAUGAUAACGUUUUAAAUAAAUGCACCAUGUAGUUUACUGUGACGUAUUUGUAUGCCCCAAAAAAAAGGAUAUGUUAUUAGUUUUUUGUGGCGUCAUAAGGUGCUGAAGCUACCCUGUAUUUACUCAAACCUUUAAAUCUAGAGCUUUAGCUUGUUUCCAGGUAUCAUGCAAAUUGUUGCCAUUAACAAUAAUUGUCAUAAUCUAUUAAUCUUCAGACCGUUCCCUAGCAGAUUCAUCUAGUGGAAAAAUAAUAACUGCCUAUCACAUUUUUAUUGACGCCAUCUAAUCAGAGGUCCAAAACUCCAAGAUGUCCAGUUUAUAGUUACAGUAUAUACAACGAAUACAUUGGAGAAGCUGCAAUCAGAAUAUGUUUGGCAUUUUUGCUUUAAAAAAACCAAGCUAAUCUUUGCAGCUCAAUUCUCCGUAAUUACCGGAAAUGCACAUCUACAUAUAUUUGAGUUGAGCCUAAAAAUAUUAUCAGUGGUUAGUUAACCGUUACUGAAACAAAGCAAUGUGGUAUUUGAUAUUAAAAAGCUCUUUAUUUUAAUUUUGUUUUAAUAUAAUCUGGGAAUGCGCUUUUAAUUAACAGAAGCAGAGUUUUCUGUGCAUGUAAGCAUAUUCACUAACUGCAGCAUGAAACGGUUUGGUGUGGCAAAUAAAAUAAUUAUCCUUCGUCAAAGAAGUAUUGCCGUUUUGAAAUUUAAGAAGUUUAUUUUUUAUUAUGUAUUUAUGCAUUUACUGAUGCAAAGCAAUGUGCCAACGUGCUUUGACAAAUACAGCUUUAAAAAGAGAUCGUCAUCAAAUGUUUUUACGCCGAACAUGAGGCGUGUUUGCUUGAUGCUUCCUAAAGUAAUUGUUCCGUCUUUUUUUUUUUUUUUUUUUUU